AUGCCUGAAGUUAGAGCUGAACUUGAUCUAAAUGCAAGUCAGAUAUUUCAAAGGGUAUAUGAUAUGCGGGGCAUUAAGAUAUCUAAAUAUAAGGCAUAUGAUGCAAGGAGGAAAGCGUUGUCGAAAAUAUUUGGAGAUUGGGAAAAAUCUUAUGAAUUACUUCCACAGUAUCUUGAAGUUAUCAAGCGAAAUAAUCCGGGUACUGAAUAUGAAAUAUUGUCUGAAGAGAUUGCACCGGGGAUGGAGAGGUUCACACGAGUAUUUUGGGCAUUUGGUCCGGCUAUUAAGGGCUUCACUUUUUGUCAUCCGUUAUUAAGCAUUGACGGUACACAUCUAUAUGGCAAGUACAAAGGCGUGCUUCUUGUGGCGACCGGUAUAGAUGCAAAUGGCGGUUUAUUUCCUCUAGCAUUUGCAGUUGUGGAGGUAGAGGAUACUUCUAGUUGGAAGUGGUUCUUUGAACUUAUAUACAAGUGGAUUCCUAGUGUCCGUGCGCCUAGAUUAAUUACUUUUAUCUCGGAUAGGAUGAAAGGAAUUAUAAGGGCAUUACAUAAGGGUUUUGGUGCACCACAUCACCAUCGAUAUUGUUUGAGGCAUAUAAGAGAUAAUUUCAAGAAAAAACACGGUGAGAUUAAUUUGCAAAAUCUUUUGUGGCAAGCUGGGUGUGCAACCGAUACAUUAGUGUAUGAACAUUGUAGAGAGAAGAUCAAGUCUUUGUCAUUAGAUGCACAUAAUUGGAUUGAACAUAACUUGAAGCCUCAAUUCGAGCAUCGAUGGGCAUUAUGUAAGGAUGAGGGUGUGCGGUUUUGCAUGAUGAUAACUAAUUGCUCCGAGAGAUUUAACGGUGUUCUUAAAGGAGCACGAGCUAUGCCAAUACAAUCAUUGGUUGCAAGAACGUUCUAUAGGCUAAACUCAUACUUCAACAAAAGGCGUGAGGACGGUGUAGACUGGACAACGUGUUACAUACCAAAGAAUGAGUCUAUUUUGCAUAGAAGAAUUGAGGCGGCAAGAUUAUGUCAAAUUAUUGUAUUCAAUGAUAAUGAAUGGCAGGUACAGGAUUAUGACGUUAUCUAUACCGUUAAACUGUUUGAUGUUGAUUGUACUUGCACAUGUAACAUACCACAACUUCAAAAAAUACCUUGUGCACAUGUUCUUGCGACUUCCUCUAAUCAGCCGGGUGGUGCGAGAAUUCCAUAUAAUCGGUAUUGUUCGCCAUGGUAUUCAACAAUUCAUUACCGAAAGACAUACAGUGAGAGUUUUCAUCCACCCGAUGAUAGUCGGUAUUGGCCCGAAUAUACUGGACCACGACUAAUUCCACCUCAAUACAAGAGACAAGCAGGUCGACCACAAUAUGUACGAAUUAGGGGAACCAUGGAUCAAGGACGAGAAGGAAUUAUCAAGCAUAAAAAAUGUAGUCUUUACAAACAACCGGGACAUACUCGACCUCGUUGUCCAGCUAGACUCAAUAGAUAA